AUGCAGGCGAUGCCAGAUUCGCGACAGCAGAGCUUCGAGGAGAUCUAUGGCCCUCCCGAGAAUUUCUUAGAGAUCGAGGUCAAGAACCCCCGCACUCAUGGCGUGGGCCGCAACAUGUACACAGACUACGAGAUCGUUUGCCGCACCAACAUCCCCGCCUUCAAACUCCGCCACAGCAGCGUGCGCAGACGCUAUUCGGACUUCGAGUACUUCCGCGACAUCCUGGAGCGCGAGUCGGCGCGAGUUACGAUCCCACCUUUGCCCGGCAAGGUCUUUACAAACCGCUUUAGUGAUGAUGUGAUCGAGCAUAGAAGAGAGGGUUUACAGAGGUUCCUGCAGAUCGUAGUCGGACAUCCGCUUUUGCAGACAGGGAGCAAGGUGUUGGCUGGGUUUGUACAAGGUGAGUUGAGCACCCCGCAUUCCGAGCUUUGA